GACGCGAUCAACUUCGACAUGCCAACUCCCGCGGAACUCCGCUCCCUCCCUUCCCUGCCUGAUACCACGCUUCCCGACGACUACGACCGCACCCCCGGCAAGUUCAUCUUUGCUAAUCCCGCGCGCACCUACCCUAUCGUCUACAACAACAAGGAAGGCAUGCUCGUUAGCAAGUCGGAGAAUGGCGAUCGCAUCUGGGCUCACAUCAAUCGCGCCUACGGCAACAAGGUCCUCUGUGAUCGCCCUUAA